GCUUCACUCACUGUCUCUCAAGAUUUCCGAUGGAGCGGGUACAAAUACGUCCAAAUAUGGAUUUAACAGGAAACAUUGCACAAAUUACAUUGAGCACCUUCCUGAUAUCAAACUGAUGCGCACAGAGGAGGAAAAAAGAGUGUGUGACAGUGAGAGAGAGAGAGAGAGAGAGAGAGAGAGAGAGAGAGAGAGAGAGAGAGAGAGAGAGAGAGAGAGAUAGGUUAGUUUAGACCAGGUGAUAGAGCCACAACAAACCUCCAAGGGGCUGGUGGUUAAGAUCAUUUUGCACAGCAUUCUUGUUCCGAUCAUGGUGCCAGCAGCCUAUCCCGGACCAUUUGCCAUGCUGGCUCUCGUAUUUCUCCUGGGAUGUGGCACAGGGCUCUGUCUGGGCCAAAAUGACACGGAGCCCAUCGUUCUGGAAGGGAAGUGUCUGGUGGUGUGUGACUCCAACCCCUCUUCUGACGGCGGAGUCACCUCUUCGCUUGGGAUAUCUGUCCGCUCCGGCAGCGCCAAAGUGGCUUUCUCGGCCGUAAGAGGGACAAACCACGAACCUUCAGAGAUGAGCAAUACAUCCAUGACCAUCUAUUUUGACCAGGUCUUAGUAAACAUUGGCAAUCAUUUCGACCUAAAAGCGAGUGUGUUCACUGCACCACGAAGAGGAAUAUACAGUUUCAGCUUUCAUGUGGUCAAGGUCUACAACAGACAAACCAUACAGGUUAACCUUAUCCAGAAUGAAUACCCGGUCAUAUCUGCUUUUGCUGGAGAUCAGGAUGUCACGCGGGAGGCAGCGAGUAACGGAGUGUUACUGAUGGUGGAGCGCGAGGAUAGAGUCUAUCUCAAGUUAGAAAGAGGGAAUCUAAUGGGCGGAUGGAAAUACUCCACAUUCUCUGGAUUUUUAGUCUUUCCUCUAUAACUGACUCUCAAACGUGUUUACGCGAGUGACAUUUUCAAAAAACCGAGGAAGAACACGUAUCAGUUCUUUUUAACAAAACUGUUUGCGAUACAGACAAAUAGCGCGCACGUAAAAAAAAUAUAGCCAAAUUGAAUAUGGACGCGACCGGAAGGAGUUCCAGCCUUUUUUGGCCAUAGCGAUUCUGAGAGUAAACUGGUCGCGUUUGUUCAUGGAUUUUAUCCACAGGACACAAUUCGCAACUGGACCACUAUAUAAAUGAGAAUAUAUUUAUGAGGAAGAACUUCAAUCCCGAACUAGAUGUAUUUAUCAGUGCUUUAUUUUGUGUUUGUAUAGCCUUAAUGAUUCGGCUUCCGUCCAGUGAGGUGUGUGGUGGAGCUGCGAAAGUGCUUUUUGGCCCCAAAGCAUUUUUGCACGAAUGGAAGAUCCUGUUUUGUGCUGUCAAUGAUGUGUCGUUUGGAUGCUGAACAUACUGAAAAUUUGCCAAAUGUAGACCACCUGCUAUACAGUGAUUAUUAAAGACAUCACCCAAUGGAGAUGUCUAAAAACUUUUGCUGGACAUCUAUCUAAUUUCUUAAAUACAUAUUUACAUUAUGGUGUGUUCUACAUUCCGGAUAUAAGUAGAUUUUGAUUGAUUUAGUGUUCAGUGACAAUGCUCACAGAUGUAAGUUGUGGAAAAAGAAAAGUCCCUAUAUAAUGUCCCGCCUAAUAAAAUAUUGUA